AUGAAUUCUGAGCAAGAUCUCCAAGCAAAGAAUGAAGCUGCAGUGAAAUAUAGGACAAACCCUGUUUUAUCUGCUCUUUUUAAUGACACCAAAAUUGAGUUUAGCGAAGACAUAAGAAACCUUUUCCUACACGCUGAAAAAUAUCACCCUGAUGUUAUCCCUAUUCCUUUCAAAGGAAACAGUCUUCAGCUGACUGCUGAUAAAAAGUGCUUUGUUAUUUGUAGCGUUGAAGGCAGACUUGCUAUAAUCAACCGAUUGACUAAAGAAUGUAUCAAUGAUCGGCAACUGCCUGGAGGUGGACUUUAUACAACAGCUUUGCCUAAAAGCAAUGAAUAUGUCUUAGUAGCAGGAAAAGAAGGGAAAAUAAGAAAAUUCGAGCUGAGCACUUUUGAGCAAGUUGAUGUGAUGGAAGGGCAUACUGAUAAAGUAAGUGAAGUCAUGUUCUCGCCAGAUGAAACUGUCCUUUACUCCGGAAGUGAUGAUAAAACAGUAAGAACUUGGGAUCUUGUCAACAGAGGUGACUCAAAAAUCAUUUACACCCACAAUGAUAGAAUGCUGACUAUGGACCUAAGUAUUGAUGGCGAACAUCUUGUUACAGGUGGAGCUGACAGAGUCGUAAAAGUUUAUAAUACAGUCUCACAAUCAAUAGAAACUGUCCUAACAGGACCAACCAAUAGUGUCUGAAUUGUAAAAUUGACUAAAAGCAAAUCUAUGGUCGCCGCAGGCGAUAACGAUGGGGUUGCUUAUAUUUGGGAAUUUGGGACAUGGAACAUGUUGCACAAACUUGAAGGUCACGAAAAAAGAGUCGCAAAUUUAGAUUGGAUUCAUAAUGACCAAAUUGUGGUUACUUCCAGCAAUGACACAACUGUCAGAGUUUGGGAUUUAACCCAUAAGAGAAGAGAAAUUGUGCUUACAGGCCACAAAAAUUGGAUUAAAGCAAUGCUGAUCAGCGAUGACGAGAAAUUUAUUUAUACAGUCUCUGAAGACCACAGGAUUCUUAUAUGGACUGUCCCACAAAUGGAUUAUGAAGUUUUGCUUAAAGGACAUACUAGCAAUAUAUACAAUACUAUUUACUCUGAGUCAAGAAACUUGUUUUAUACCAACGCAAACGAUAAAAAAGCUAUUGUGUGGGACUUUCAGAAGAAAGUCAGGGAGCUUGAGCAUGAAGCUGGGAUUUAUGCUAUGUGCAUGACGCCGGAUGAGAAGUAUUUAAUUACUUGUACAGCUGAAAAACAGAUGAUUUUUUGGGAUCUGGACACUUUUGAAAAAUAUCCUAUGGCAUAUUCAAAUGAUGUAGUAAUCAAAGCGGUUUUGGUGAGCCCUGAUGGGAAAUAUCUUAUUACUGGAGACACUGCUUUUAGAGUCACCGUCAGAGAAUAUGACAGCCCAGUCAGCAAUAUUGACAGGCCUCCAAAAUAUGUUAUCAGAAGGCACACUAAAACAGAUGGAUGCCUAAUUAAACAAAUUUUUUUUUUUAAAUUACCAAGAAAAUUUAUGCUUAUUAUAUUUUAUAUAAUUUUUUUUAAGAAAAAAUAUUAAAAAGUCACUAAUACAGUUUGGUCACUGGCAAUUACAAGUGAUUCUUCAAUUCUUUUCUCGGGAAGUGAGGACUGUGAUAUCGUGGCCUUUGAUUUAGUGGUGGGACUUGAGCUUGGGAAUCUGAAAGGGCAUACUAAAAAAGUAAAAUGCUUAAGAGUAUCAAGGAAUGACGAAAUUCUUGUGUCAGGAUCCUGGGAUUCUACGUUUGGGAUAUGAAAUAUUAAGACUUUAUCAUUGAUUAAAUUUGUAGAUUCCCACACUGGAGCAGUAAACGAUUUUUAUUUCAGCAAAAAUGGUAGAUAUUUCAUUUCUGCGUCUACAGAUACAACUGUUGCUUUUUGGGAUUGCCAAAACUAUUCAAAAAUAACUUCUCUUAAAUUUAACCAAUUGUGCUUAGCUGUUACUUGUAGCCCAGAUGAAAAAUACAUUAUUAUGGCUGAUAAAGAAGAUGUUUAUAUCAAAGAAAACCCUAUGGAGACAAAAAGCAUUUAUAUGUAUGGACCUGAAAGAAGCAGCUCUGGGUAUAUAGAAUAUCUAAGAAAUAUUAUUUCAGGAGAAGCCCCGGCAUAUGAUCCUAUGAUGGACAGUUGGUUUAUAACCCCAAUGCUUAUAAACACUGCUCACAUUUAUGCAUAUUUUAACAUGCCAAGACAUUUGGAAACAUGUCUAGCCAACAAUACCCCAUUUUUGCUGAGCAGAAGAAACCUCACCCCAUUAGAUAUUGCCCAUCAAAGAGGUAAUGUCGAAUGCGUAAACGUGAUAAUAAGCGCAAUUUUAAAUAAAGCAGAAGGGAAAAAUAUGUUAUGCUUCUUAGAAAGCUCUCUUACGAAUCUCAAUUAUAAAGGCUAUCAAUGCUUGGAUAAGCUAUAUGAUAACUUAAUUAUGAAAUCGUCAGCGAAACUGGCAAUAAAAACUUGCUCGACUAGCCAAAAACUCCCGUUGAUUGUCCUUUCUAAAAAUCUUGAGCCUUCAAAAGAAGAAUUCCCACUAAAAGAGCAAAUAGGGGACGAAGGGAAAGUUGUAGAAUUUUAUCAGAGUUCGAUUAGAUUUGAUAUGACUCCUGGAUCAGAAGAAAGUGUUAAUUUUCUGGACAGUAUUAUUAAAACUCCUAGCAAAAAUAUACUAAAAUCAAGACUUAUAGGAUUUAUCCUCGAAAAAAAGUGGGAUAGCGUCAAAUCGAGAUUGAUAACUAAAUUUGGUCAAGAACUUAUUCUUGUGCUUAUAUUGUCUAUAUUUGCAAUCUUUUCUUUAAGAAAUGAGUAUUACUAUUUCAUCAUGAUGGUCUUAAACACUAUUAUAGGCUUCCUUUACAUUUUCUAUCAGCAAAAGAUGAGCACUAAAAUAAAAUCAAAAUUCGGCUGGGGACUUGAAAGAAGGUAUAUGGAGCUUUGCUUGCUAAAUUGGUUUUGGUGAAACUCAGAAAUAUUGACUUCGCUGCAGAUCCUAGUUUUAUGGGCCAAAGCCAUUUCAGUUUUUAAGCUCUUCAAAAGCACUCGCAAAAUUUUAGUCUUAGUCGAGUCUAUCUUGAAAUCCCUUGUUUCUUUCUUCAUUGUCUUUUUCUACUUAACGGUAGUUUUUGCAUUUGCUUUUACAGCUUUAAAACGAGACUCAUUGUCAAGCCUCCCCAAAUAUAUUGCAUUUUCAUACAGUUUAGACUUAGGAGAAUUUGACACAUCUAGCUACACCUCUGGAGAAAUGAUUUUCUUUGUAAUUGCAACCCUGAUAAACCCUACGAUAAUGAUAAGUCUCUUAAUCUCUAUUAUAGGGAGCAUUUAUGAUAAAUUCCAAUAUGAUGAUUUAGUAACUGACAGAAAAGAAAUCGCCAAACUGAUUUUGGCAGAAGAGCAACUUAUGUCACAUGAGAAAAUACCUGGCGAAAAAAAAUAUAUUCAUAUAUGUGCGGAAGCUGGAGACCUUAAAAAAGAUGAAGAAUGGUAUGGCGCCACUUGGAAAAUCAAUAAAAUUGUAGAAGAAUUAAGGACUACUAUUGAGAUUAAUAAUGAAAAAUCUAGUAACAUGAUAAAUGAGCUGAAGGAAAAACUGAAAAGUUUUGAGAAGACAGCUGAACAAAAAGAGCAAAAAACUAAAGAAAAAGCUGACAUGAAUAAGAAGCUGGAUGAUAUAGAAAAAAUGAGUGGGAAAAUUGAUGAGGUUAAAGUUCUUUUUGAGGAAUUUGCCAAAAAACAAGAAGAGAUAGCUGCUCGUCCAGUUCUUAUUUCUGCAGACGCUUCUUUGCCUAUUCCUCCAGAUAUAAGCAUAUAA